CCAAACCCCUGUCACGCCGUUCGCCUUUCGUUCGGACGCUCAUCCUUUUCUCCGCCAAUUCUCAUUCCCCGCAUCUAGAGGCAAGCAAUCGGCGGACAUCAUGUUUGCCACUCUUGUCCGUCUCUCAAAAGCCUCUCGGAAGCCUUUGACGCCAAAGCGCGGCAACAAGGACUACUACAAAGGCACCCGCCAGGCCGUGCUCCCGGGUGGUCCGCGCACGGGUGCGCCUGGUAAACAUGUCGUAAAGGGCAAGGCCAAGUAUCGUUUGCUUGAUGAGAAGGUGCGGUACUUUGUCGCGCCGCCGAUUGAGGACAUUCUGGCGUCUCCGUUGAAGCCGUACGUUCAUACCGACGUUAAGCUCACGAAAGCUCAAGAGCGGGAGGUCCUC